CUGAUGGGAAAUUAAAGCCGGCAAUUGACAUUUCCUUGUUCCUUUUUUCAAUCAUUUUAUCAUUUACUGCCAUCAGUUUUUAAGGCCGCUAUACGUCAAAAAAGAGGAAAGGGAGAAUGAACAAAUUACCGUCGGUGAGAAAAUUAUCUUUGCCGCUAUUAGUGGUGUUAAUCGUAGUAGCGUUGGCAAUAGCGAAUAUUCCUCGUCCGCGAGGUGUUCCGCUAUUCAAGGCAUCGCUCUAUGCUCCCGGCCCCGGCAAAAGUUGGGUUUGCCUAGAUGGUCAAAAAACCAUACUUCAUACGCAGGUCAAUGAUGACUUUUGUGAUUGUGCGGAUGGUAGUGACGAACCAGGUACUUCUGCCUGUGCAAAUGGCAGUUUUAACUGUGCGAAUCUCGGCCAUCGCGCUGAGGACAUCCAUAGUUCGCUUGUUAAUGAUGGAAUUUGUGAUUGCUGUGAUGGUAGCGAUGAGUGGAGUGGGGGUGCUGCUAGUUGCCCAAACACUUGCUUGGAGCGUGGGAGAGCGGAAGAAGAACAGCGACGGUCGCAAGCGGAUUUGCACAAGCGUGGUAGUGCAAAACGAUCGGAAUUUAUUGCUAUUGGUAAACAAAUGCGAGUUGAUCGUGAAGCCCGGCGAAAGGAUCUUGAACAUAGGCGCAAAGAACAGGAGGCAGUGAAAGCAGAGAAAGAAGAGCUGAAAAAGACUGCAGAGGCAGCUGAAGCGGAAGCUCUCGAUAUCUACAAAGAACAACAGCGGGAAAGAGAUGCCGCUGCAGCCGAAGCCGCCAGAUCACAAGAGGAUGCACAGACUAUGCGUUAUGAGGCAGAGGCGGCAUUUAAUAAAUAUGAUGCGAACAAAGAUGGCUUUGUAGAAGUUACAGAAUUAAUGAUAGACAUGACACUCGAUCGAGAUCGCAAUGGCAUUGUAACUGUUGAGGAAGCAAAAUUCUUCUUAGAUGAACGAGAUCGCAUUGACUUGGACUCUUUCCAUACGCUUUCGUGGCCAAGAAUCAAACCGAUAAAGAUGUUAGCAGAAGGUAUUUUCAAACCACCAGUACUUGAAAACGGAGGACAAGAAGAAAAUGAAAGCGUAGAGACGCAAGAGCAAACCGCGAGAGAAGAAUUAGAACACGAAAUCGAAGAAGGUCAUGAACAAGUAGGCGUUGGGGAAGGUGCCGAUGGGGAAGAAGAGCUAUAUGAGGAUGAAGAAGGCGAAGCUGAUGUUGGGGUCGGUAGUGUGGCGGAUGCACCACAGUCUGAGCCAGACUACGAUCCAGAGACCAAACGCCUGGUUGACUUGGCAAAUGAAGCGCGGCAUGCUUACACCGAAGCAGAACAAAGCAUUCGUCAGAUUGAAAAUGAGAUUAAAGAAAUUGCAGAUCAAGAAGCUAAAGAUUACGGACCCAAUGAAGAGUACGCAGCACUAGAUGGUGAAUGUUUCACAUAUGAAGAUCGGGAGUAUGUUUAUUCACUUUGUCCUUUCGAACGAGCUUCACAAAAACAACAAAGGGGUGGUUUGGAAACAACGUUGGGACGAUAUGAAAAGUGGUUCGGUGAAGGUGAUAAAAAGUACCAAAAACAGAAGUAUGCUCAUGGAGCUGCUUGCUGGAACGGUCCACAACGUUCUGCUAUGGUAGAGUUUAAAUGUGGACUUUAUCAAAAAAUUACCUCCGUGGCAGAGCCAAGCCGUUGUGAAUACAAUUUUGUUUUCGAAACGCCAGCUGCUUGCGACGGUGUCUUUUCCGCUGACACGCGCCCGCAUGAUGAGCUUUAAAAAACGCUCAUUAAAAGAAUAAGAUAGCGCUCUUACACGUACAUACAUUUUACCGAGAUGUAGAGAGGUAUUCUCCGGAAAUGUUAUUUUUAAUGUAUAAAAAGUAAGAUUAAACUCGAUGUAUUUAAUAAAUGUAAUAUGAGAUGAAACUUUAGGAGCAUUGUCAGCAUUAUAGCAUUCCUUUGAUUGUGAAUCAAGCAAACAGGAAAUUUAUUUGUACACAUUUUACAACAACGUUCGUAUACUUAAUUAGUAAAUAUUUUUCACUUGCAUUUAAAUGAGAAAACGAAGGGCAUGUAAAGUGUUUCCUGUAAUCAUUUUCGGAAUGAAAUAAAUUCAACCAUUUAAAGUGGGUUUGGAAAGAUUUAA